ACAGGCUGAUGCGUCAACUGUUGAAGCUUCCAAAAUUGGGAUUAGCCUUCUCGUGACGCAAAGCAUGUGGGCGGGACGACUGGGUGGUGGCUUGCGGUUGAGAGUGAGAUGCACCAUCAACGACGAACUCGUUCGUGUCGUCGAAAGAGGGUCGCAGCUGCUUUUUGGUCAAUAGAGAUUCGUCAGCUCGUAAACACUCCUUGGUUUCCCUCUCUCCUCGGCCCUCGCUUGGUUUCUACUUUCUUUCCCAUGUCGAUUGCUUGCUUGCUUCCAAUUAUUCCUCUAGUUCAUUGAGAGAUUUGUGACAGAGAUCUGCUGCAGGCCAAGAUUGUACCAAGGCUGUCAAACGACUCGAGUCCGACCCGACGAUAUGGCGACUUCGUCCGCGGGAGUUUUCAAUGCUUCCAAGCUUGCCAUCAUCUUCGCAUUGCUGUGUUCGCUGUAUCUAUUCCGCGACAUUUGGCUUCCGUCAUCGCCCACCACGCCGGUGCAUGCUACAUCAACCGCAUCGACCCCUCAAUCGUCAGCACCUCACGAGACCGAGUCGGCUCACAACCACACCUUGAUAUCUCAGCAUGUCGACUGCCUCAAUGCGCCAGGUGCUGAUCGCGUCAUGAUAGUGCUCAAGACUGGUGCCUCAGAAAUCUACGAGAAACUGCCAACCCACCUUAUCACUCUGUUCCGAUGCACUCAGCACUACCUCAUCUUCUCCGACUUGCCGCAAACAUACUCCGACUAUCAGAUCCAUGAUGCCCUGGACACCGUCAGCCCAAAGUACAAGGACGAUCACGAGGACUUUGAGAUGUACCGCAAGCUGCAAAAGUAUCAAAGAGAAGGACAAAACGUCGCAAAACUCAAGGGAGAAAAAGGUUGGAGUCUCGACAAGUGGAAGUUCUUGCCCAUGAUGCACGAAUCAUACCGCCUGGCCUCUCCAGAUGUUGACUGGUUUGUCUAUAUCGAGGCCGAUACCAGUCUGAGUUGGACAAACUUGCUGCAAUUCCUUGGACGCAUGGACCCAAGGAAACCUCUUUAUCUGGGUGCGCAGAACGUGAUCGGACCCACGACUUUCGCCCACGGUGGCAGUGGCUUCAUCAUCUCAAGAGGUGCAGCAAAGAGGAUCGAGGAUCGUAGGAGGAAGAUGGGUGGUAGGGCGUACGAUGACCGAUGGGAGUUGUCCACAAGCUUGUCAUGUUGCGGAGACGAAGUUGUCGCGCGCGCUCUGGUGGAAGUUGAUGUUGACUUGACACCAUCCUGGCCUCGUCUCCAGGGCGAGACUGUCGACACGCUUGACUGGACAGAGAAGCAUUGGUGUACACCCGCCAUCACAUGGCACCAUGUUUCGCCCUCGCAGGUCGAUAGCAUGUGGCGAUUCCAGAACGAGUGGGUGAAGGAGAAUGGAUGGUCGAAACCUUAUCUCUACCGUGAUGUCUUCGACGGCUUCGUAGCACGACACAUCUCCGUCAACAGGACCAGCUGGAACAAUCUUUCCAAGGACCGAGAAUUCAUCGCACCCGACGGCGACUCUAGCGAAAAAUCCAGAGAGUCUUGGGAGAAACUUUCGGACGUUGAAAAGAACUCUGUAAAGAGCUUCGACAGUUGUGCUGAAGCAUGUCUUGCUUGGGACCACUGCAUACAGUUCAUGCACGAAAAUGGAGUCUGCAAGUUGGGCAAGGACGUAAGGUUAGGAGAGACCGACGAGAGACACAACAGCGGUAACACAUGGUCCAGUGGGUGGAUCCAAGAUCGCAUCCAAGGAAUGCGGGACGAUCUUGCCGACUGCAACACCAACUGGAAUCACUGAUUGGCAUAGUGCUUGGGCACUUUCUCUUCUCCUUCUUUCCACACUGGUUUGGAGAGCCAUGUACCAAGUGCUGGGAAAAUGGUUUCUUCGAGGUUGAUGGUUGGACUGUCCUUCUCUGGAUUCAAGGUGGAAGCAUCAAGAUUUUGGACGUCUUCUUUCAUUCAUCUGUUCAUAGUUUUGAUUGCAGGGAAGUAAUGGUGGUUUGACGAACUCACGAUCAUGAUCUGACAUUCAUUAAAGAAAAAGCAGAAACUACAUAGACUUGAUAUUCUUUACAUGAGCAUCUGCAACCAGCAUCUGUUCACAGUCAAUCAACAUAACCAAAGGCAACGAAUAUGACAUGAAAUGGCUUUAUCCGCCAACAAUUUGAAGGUGGGGGUAUAUGUAACAGUUUGGAAAAGAUCCAAAAGGCAGAACAGAACGCACAAACAAGAGCGGC